AUGACAACCUUACUUCUUUCUCAAAAUGCCGAUUACCUCAUUAUCGGCGGUGGUACUGCCAGUUUGAUGGUUGCGAACCGACUGUCGGAAAAUAGCGAAACACAGGUGGUGGUAUUGGAGAGCGGCCCAGAUCGCACGACAGAUGCCCGGGUGCAGGAUCCCAAUGCUCGGCCCACCUUGCGUGGCUCGGAGUUGGACUGGCAGUUGAAGAUUGUGCCUCAGACGGGUCUCAGCAAUCGGGAGCAAGAUCAACCCGCUGGAAAGACUCCUUUUCCCGCGGGGAUCAAUGCUUGGGCGGAGCUGGGCAACCCGAUAGGUCCGAUUGAAGUUACUUAUCCGUCGCUCCGUGAGAAAAAGAAUUCUCCUGUUAUUGAGACCUGGGAUGUAGCGCUCAAGGGGCAGAGAUACGACUUUGCGAGCCAUAUUUCGGGCGGAGAGAAAACCACCCCCAUCUCUGGCUUGCGCAGUAUUACGGAUAGCCAAUACGCCAGACCUACCCGAUCGAACCUCCACAUUUACACAGAGACAACAGUCCGCAAGAUUAACGGGGAAAUCGUCAAUGUCAACGUAAAGGAGGUUGUCAUUCUUGCUGCGGGUGCUUUCCACAGCCCUAAAUUGCUCGAACGAUCGAGGGUGGGGCAAAAGGAUCGAUUGAAUAGACUUGGCAUUCCUGUGAAUCAUUUAAUGGGCGUUCUGCCCGCCCCUCUCAAGGUCGAAGGAAUUGCAACCUGCAUAAAGGCGUUGGCCUUUACGCGUCUCGAUGAGAAGGAACAGGUGUUCUCAUCGAGCCACAAAACGGAGACCUCUGAACGUGUCAUUAAAUCUAUUCUGCGUGGCCGCGAUGAGGCAUCUGCAAGUCUUCUCUUGAGCGUUAUACCUGGCGGAAUUGCUCUCCUGGGCGUCAUCUUAAGCUUCCCACUCUUUCGUGGAAGUACUCAAAUUGCAUCCUCUGAUCCUAACGCCAAGCCUAUAAUUGACACUCAGUUCUUUGCCAAUGACAUGGAGAUUCUAUGGGAUAUGGAAGUCACCAAAGAAAUGGUGUACGAGUCGGCUGCUUUGACCACCCAUCGCAUAUGUGGUACUGUCGCCAUGCUUCCCCAGCAGGCUGGAGGCGUGGCGGAUGAAGAUCUUCGAGUUUAUGGGACGAAGAAUUUGCGGGCGGUGGACGCGAGUGCCAUUCCGCUCACUCACGCGAACCUCAUGACGACAGUGUAUGCAGUCGCAGAACAGGCCGCUGACGUGAUUCAAUCCAGCUAA